GUGGACUAAUGGACCAUGCAGGGAUAUAACUCCAGUGAAAUGGCAGUGGAAUUUCAGUCAUCUCUAUGAAGAGAAUUGCAUUGAGCUGUGCUUCUCAGUACUUCAGAAAAUAAAAAUUAAUAUUCAAAGUGCUUUCGUGCCCAGUACCAGGACAUUUAUAGUACUAUCACGUUUUGUGUAUUUUUUAAGAAACUAAAACUAAAUAUUGUAGAGGCUGUAGAAAUAAACUGGUUUUGAGAGGCUGUUGUAAUAGGCUGUUAUUUAUUUUGUAACUGUGCAAGUUGAUUCUUACUUGGACAAUCAUUGGAUUUGAAGCCAACAUGAAAGGAUAUGUGCUACAUUUAGAUCAUUGCGAGAGCAUAAUGCCCGAGAGUCCAGAAACCAAGGGACAUCAGCAGACUCCAGUUACCUCCCCUGCUCCAAUGACUGCCGGCAUGGCCCUGGCGGGACACAGGGAACCCUCACGGCCCCUUUCCAACAACAACAACAACAACAAUUCUGGUGAACUGUCGCCAACAACUCCAAACAUGAUGAACGGACGGACACCCUCCCCGAACGCAGCCCCAACAUCGUCCAAUCAGCAGCUUCCUCCAGCAUGUGGGGCGAGACAACUCAGCAAGUUGAAGAGAUUUCUAACUACGCUUCAGCAAUUUGGCUCCGAUAUCUCGCCAGAAAUCGGGGAACGUGUCCGGGCACUGGUUCUCGGACUUGUAAAUUCUCACCUGUCCAUUGAAGAAUUCCAUUCAAAACUUCAAGAGGCCACAAACUUUCCAUUGAGACCAUUUGUAAUACCUUUCCUGAAGGCAAAUUUGCCGUUAUUGCAACGAGAGCUGAUGCAUCUAGCUCGAAUGGCGAAGCAGACCCCUCAGGGAUACCUCUCCCAAAAUGAGCACAUCCUCUUCAAUGCGACCCAGUCCCCCGUGGAACCUCAGGAAAACUCUGCCCCACAGAUCAAUGAGAACGGAAAACGUCUCUCGCCCGACAGUCGUCAUGACAAAAAUCAAGAAGCACCUUCUGCUAAGCGACACCAGGCACUUAGCCCCCAUGGUAACAGCAGAAUCAGUCCAAAUGGCAUAAUGAACCUUUCCAAUGGACCAAUCAGAUUGGAGGAUAUCAGCCUCUCUCGGGAACUCAGGGAGCGUGAGAAAGUUGAGCGUGAGCGUGAGAAGGACCACGGGGAACACAGGGAUCGGGACUAUGAACGGGAGAGGCAUUACCCUGCCUUCAAUUUUGGUCGAUCUGAGUCUGCGUUUGACCCCCUGGAGCGAUAUGAUGAUGACUGGAGACAUGUGGAAACAAUGUUGUCAUGUAUCAUCGGCAUGGUGGACAAAACGAGGCGUGCCCUGUCCGUGCUGCAAGACAGAAGUUCACGGGACCGAGAGGAGCUUUCAAUGUGGAUGCGGCGUGGCGCAGGCGAGGACACUGACCUCAAGAAACGCAACUCUGAAUGGAUGUCCAUCAGAAGCGGCGAUGAUCGUAUUGCAGAGGUUCGACGUCGGGCAGAGGAAGCCGUACAAGAAGUGAAGAGGCAGGCCAUGUUGGAGCUGCACAAGGCAGUCGCUACCGCGGAAACGAAGGCCAACGCCAUGGUGACACAGGAGCGGGCAAAGAUGGAGCGAGCAAUACAAGAUGUGCGUAAACAGACAAGGGAGGAAAUCCUCGGCACAUUGCAUCGUCAAGAAGAGAGUAGUGAGAGUUGUUGGAACUGCGGCCGCAAAGCAAGUGAGACCUGCAGUGGGUGUAACACGGCCCGAUACUGUGGCAGCUUCUGCCAGCACAAGGACUGGGAGAACCACCACCAUGUGUGUGGCAAGGCCUCCCUCACCACUAUGCCCCCUCAGCGGGGUUCCCCACCCCAUACGGUGGCCAUGUCCCCCAGAGCAGGGGCCCACAGACGCUCCCCCAGCCCAGCAAACUCUGUUUCAUCGAUUAAAUCAGCCUCUCGAUCAAGCACGCCAGCAGAAUCUGGUGUUAAACCGGUUGAGCUGGUUUCAACUGAUGUCAGUCGCUGAGGGGCUCUGUGUUCAUUAUUUUACAAAAUGUGCUCUUUUGUUGUUUAUUUUUUCUGUUGUUAGAGAUUAAAUAUAUUUGGUGUUAAAUUUGUUUUGUUUUUUCCUAGAUGGUUC